AUGCAGGAUCGGUCGUCGAUGCUGCAGCCGUUUGAGAGUCUCUUGAAGCUGAGGGAGGUGGAGAAAACACGAGGCCGCCUCCUCUUCUUCGACGACCCUCUCCGCGGUGUUGCAUGCGACUCGGCAGAGUGGGAGCAGGAGGAGCAGGAGGAGGAAGCGGAUGGAGCGAGCAAGCCGCUCUUCCUCUUCCUCCCAGGGUUCGAUGGGACCGGAGUCAGCGCUCAGUCGCAGUUCGAGGACCUCGGGAGGACAUACGUGGUUCGCAGAAUGCAGUACCUGUCGCAAGACAGGUCAAACUUUGACGAGCUGGUUCGAUUCGUCUGCUCCUACGUCAGGGGCUGGAGGGAGAGCAGGAGGAGGAGGAGGGAGAAGGACGCUGGUGUCUUCCUCCUCGGGGAGUCGUUCGGAGGCCUUCUUGCCCUUGCUGUCGCGCUGCAGCUAGAGGAGGAAGAACAAGGAGCAGUAGCGGGGCUUGUCCUCGCAAACCCCGCCUCCUCCUUCCUCCGCUCCGACUGGCCUCUCACCAGCCAGCUGAUCACCGAGCUGCCGGCAGCUCUCCCGUUCAAGGACCUCCAGCUUUCCCAGCUCGUCCCUCCUCUCCGCGACGGCCUGCUGGGUGAGCUGAGAAGCUCUUCUCUGCUCAACAAGACGCUCGGGAGCCUCUCCUAUGCCUCCCUCGGCUCCUCCUUGCUCCUUACUAGGGCGCUGGAUAUGAAGACGGCUGGGGACCUGCUGGAGGGGACUAGGAACAGACUGCAGACGCUGUCGCAGUCCCUGCUGAGAGGUGACGUUGCAGGAGGAAUCGCCGACCUGGACUCUUCCUGGGCUCUCGACUCGCUUCUUUCCAUCCUCCCCGAAGACACUGUGCGGCACAGACUGAAGUUUUACCUGGAGCAAGGCAAGAGAAAGAGGGAGAGGAGAAGACGGAGAGAAGGGAUGCGGAAGAGAGGGAGCGAGGGAGCGAGGGAAAAGCGAUCAGAGAACCAAAAUCUUCCUCAAUCAUUUUAA